AUGGCAUUGAAACCCGAGAAAGUCAAGAGUUCCAAGCUGGCGAGCACAGUAGACGCGAAGCUGCUUGCGGAGAAGAUCAAGAAGAAUGCGUUAAAGCAGAAAAAACAGGCCCCCGUCACAGAAAAACCUGAAGAGAUUGUUGAGACCACUUCGGAAGCUUCUCAAGAUGUCAAUUCUGAGCAACAAUUCCACACUUUUCUGGAACUUAAUCUAGUUCCUGAGCUCAUGGAGGCGAUAGAGAAGCUCAAGUAUACUAAACCCACCCCUAUCCAGUCCGGGGCUAUUCCGCACGCUCUUGAAGGAAAAGAUAUCAUUGGUCUUGCGCAGACAGGUUCUGGUAAAACCGCCGCAUUUGCCAUUCCUAUAUUGCAGUCACUCUGGGAGGCACAGAGGCCAUACUACGCCCUAGUUUUGGCCCCCACAAGAGAGUUGGCGUACCAAAUCAAGGAAACUUUUGACGCUUUGGGAUCAGGAAUGGGAGUGAGAUCCGUGUGUAUUGUAGGAGGAAUGGACAUGAUGGACCAAGCACGAGAUCUCAUGAGGAAACCACACAUUCUUGUGGCUACUCCAGGAAGAAUCAUGGACCACUUGGAAAACACAAAAGGGUUUAGUUUGAAGUCCUUACAGUACUUGGUGAUGGAUGAAGCAGAUCGGUUGUUGGAUAUGGAUUUUGGUCCUGCGUUGGAUAAGAUUCUCAAAGUGAUUCCAACAAAGAGAACUACAUACUUGUUCUCGGCUACAAUGACCAACAAAAUUGCAAAACUUCAAAGAGCUUCUUUGCACGAACCGGUAAAAGUUGCAGUUUCCAACAAGUACCAGACAGCCGAUAAUUUGGUACAAUCUAUGAUGCUUGUAAGUGACGGGUACAAGAAUACGUUUCUCAUUCAUUUAUUGAACGAAUUUAUGGGCAAGUCUAUUAUCGUGUUCACAAGAACUUGUGCACACACUCAAAGAUCCACACUUUUGGCACGAAUUUUGGGAUUUUCUGCGGUACCUCUUCAUGGUCAAUUGACCCAGUCUCAGCGACUCGGCUCACUCAACAAGUUCAAAUCUGGCAAAGCAAACAUUUUGAUCGCUACAGAUGUCGCAGCCAGAGGUUUAGAUAUACCCUCGGUAGAUGUGGUUAUCAACUACGAUAUUCCUACAGAUUCCAAGGCAUACAUUCACCGUGUGGGAAGAACCGCCAGAGCAGGAAAAUCAGGCAAGUCCAUUUCGUUGGUGACUCAAUACGAUUUGGAAAUGUAUCUCCGAAUCGAAAGUGUUCUUGGCUUCAAGCUACCAAAAGAUCCAUCUCCACCAAGAGACGUCUUGAAUGCGUUGCACGUUCAUGUCGAUCGAGCCAGUGCCGAGGCCAUCAAACAAACCAAAGACUUUCACGAGAAACGUACAAAGAAGAAGAGAGACGACAGAGACCGAGAAGAGAGAUGA